AGUUUUUUUUUUUUUUUUGGGUUGGUGAAAGCUUGUUACUUGGAAUAUAGGGACGAGAGAGAGAAAAGUCGAACUUGUACGAAAAUUCUUUCUCGCCCAACUCUCUGAAACACCACCCCUCAGAUCUGUGUGCUGAUUCUGAACAUGGGUUUGUAAUGUGUGUGAGUUGGCAGUGAAGAAUGGCGUCCGAUACGGCGUCGUCUGUGGACGAACAGGCACAGCUGGUUGCUUCAGUUGGUUCACUUGUAGGAGGAGGAGGCUCCACGGAUAACAGAGGAAGGCAUCGGAUUCUCGCUGAACUCAACCGUCUUGAACAAGAACUCAAAUUCUUGCAGGAAGAGUUGGGAGAGCUCGAAAGGACUGAGAACGUUUCGACCAUAUGUUCAGAAUUGCUGCCCUACGCCGAAGGCACGGCGGAUCCUCUACUUCCAGUAACAAAUGGACCUGUAAAUCUAUUAUGGGAUCGAUGGUUCGAAGGACCUCAGGAUUCACAACGUUGCAGUUGUCGGAUACUCUGAUUUAAUGCAAUCUAACAUUGCUAGCACCAUUCUUAAUUUUUCGUCUUACGUUCAAAAUUUUGUAUCAGGUCUGGUACAAAUGGUCUUUAGGUUGACGGUAUUGAAUGUAGAAUUUACCAAUGACUUCGUAUGAAGUUUGUACAUUAAAUUCACCAUAUGUAAUUUGUUG